GACAAGGACAUAAUACAUAAAUAUCGUGCAUAGAUCACGUGAUGGGUCGUUCGGUGGAUGUUCAGAAAACAAGUGUGUCAAUUUAAAACAUUCUUUGUCUGUCAAUUUUUCCGUCAGAGAACCAUAUUUGAAGUAAUACGCUAAAAGUUGUUUGUUGGAAGUUGUUUUAAAGCGUGUCAAGUUUAUCAGGUGUCUCAAAGUAAGCGGCGGCCGUUUCACUGCGAAAGAUGAGAAUCGACAACUCUUUUCACGACACUGACGCUUUAGAAGUGUUGCUUCACUAAGCAGCGGCAGAAUUACAAUCUGAUAUGUAGGCUUAUCGUGAUUGAGUAAAACGAAUGCUGGAUAGAUUCACACGUUGACAAUCUGUGGCCAGUACACAGUUAUUAACGGAAAGAAGAUCCCGAUUUAGAGACAUCGCCAUCCUGUUAGUUAAAGUGUCAUUGGUGGCAGUCGAACGACCGAUCUACAUGGGUUAAAAAAAAAUAUGAACAAAAUCGAGCAUGAUGUUCAACUCUCGAAAAAAUUAUCAUACCUUCUCCGUCAUGGUGCUGUGAAAGAAGGCCUGCAAAUUUGCCCGGAAGGAUUUGUGGCUGUUAACGAUAUUCUUGACAAGGUGGGCUUCCACCAUUUGACAGUCCAAGAUGUGCAAAGAGUCGUCGCUGAAAAUUCAAAAAACCGAUUCACUCUCAAAAAAUUAAAUGAUACACUACUGAUUAAGGCUAACCAGGGACACUCAUUAAGCCAAGUGAACAAUUUGAACUUGAAAUUGGUAGAAAAUCCCGAGUAUGAGAUAAUUCAUGGAACAUACUUCAAUUGUUGGGGAAACAUUAAAAACAAGGGAUUGUCUCGCAUGAAUAGAAAUCACAUACAUUUCUCGAAAGGGCUCAAUUUUACAGCAGGAUUGCGACGUAGCGCCCAGAUUUACAUUACUGUUGACUUUUCUAAAGCUUGGCAAGAUGGUUUAAGAUUUUAUGAAUCUGAGAAUGGUGUGAUACUUUGUCCAGGGAAUUGCAACGGAAUUUUAGAACGCAAAUAUUUCUUGAAAGUUUCGUCUUCAGAUGGUCGCAAGCUAUUUCUGUAA